AUGGCUGCCGUUCCUGCUCAGCUCCCUGAUGAGUUUGGUCCUGAGCCCACUGACGAUUCAGUGUUAAGGUUUAUAAAAACACAUCGAGCGUGCGCUGUUUGGGAAGGCAAGGAUCCAGGGCCACUGAAAUGCCGCGGUCGUAAUGACGAGUUCCGAAAACGACGCCGGAUAGUGGUGGAUGAUCGUAUCGUCGACAUUGUGAAGAGAGUUGGAUUAGAGGGGCUGUAUAGGACCCCAGGUAGAGAGAUUGAUCAUAACCUGAUCACGGCCUUCGUUGAGCGAUGGCGGCCUGAAACCCACACCUUCCACCUGCCACAUGGUGAGACAACGAUCACAUUACAAGAUGUGGAGGUUCUUUUUGGGAUUCCAAUCGAUGGUGAGGCAAUUGUUGGAACAACUGACUUGACAUGGAAAGAUGAAUGUCAGAGUCUGCUUGGAAUUGCUACUAAUGACACCACGCUUAAAGGACAAAGGAUCCAAAUAAAGAAGCUACUAGAAAAAAUUGACGAAGGGUUGCCCGAUGAUGCAACAGAGGUGGUUGUGCAUCAAUAUGCACGGUGUUAUAUCCUAGCACUCCUGGCAGACACAAUUUUCGCCGACAAGUCUGGUGAUAGGGUGCAUACGAUGUGGUUGCAGAUGCUGAGGAACCUUCGGAAUCCACCUCAGUACAGUUGGGGGAGCGCUUGCCUUGCAUGGCUGUACAGAGAGUUAUGCAAGGCAACCGACAGAGGUGCUAGUCAGAUUGGUGGGGCCUUGUUGCUAGUUCAGUAUUGGGCAUGGGUCAGAUUCCCUUUUUUGUGCCCAAGGAUGGACCUCCCACCAGAUGGUGCAUAUGGCCCACCAUUUGCACCUUCUCCAUUGUCUAUUAAGACUGUGUGGGUUGUGAACACCUUGAAUAGCCCCGCCGAAAUCUGUCUGGUCCGGUACCGUCAGCUUUUAGAUUGUAUGCAUCCAAAGCAGGUGGUGUGGCAACCAUAUGAAGCUGAAUUAGCCCACCUGCCUGCGUUUUGUGUCGCCGGAAGGGAUGUAUGGACGGCAAGGGUACCGCUUGUAUGUUUCUGGCUAGUAGAGAAACAUACACCGGACCGUGUUGUUCGUCAGUUCGGGAUGGUACAAGAACCCCCCCCAUAUGUUGAUACUGACGAAGCCCUUCAUGCCAUAGACCUGAGGGGGAAGGUGGAGGUGAAUUGGAGGGACAGACAUGAUGGCCAUAUCCGAGUAUGGAAUACUCGAGCACGAUCUCUAUGUCUUGGAGCACGACUAGAGGGUGAUAUGUCGCCUGUUGCCAGUCACAAGAAGUUGUUGAGACUUUAUACAGUAGGCAGUCUUGAGUACAAGCAUAUUUCAGCUGUACUUAAGACAGUGGAACGCCUUCACCGUAUAACUGCUCGACUUCCGUUGGAAGAUAUCGAUGGGGCAAAUCCAGAAGUGCCAGAAGAUACUGGACGACCAAGCACGAGCUCAACUCGUGCCAGCCAUAGCCAUGGUCAGCGUGCUGCAUCCCAUCAGGUUGUCAGUAGGGCAGAUCUCCCUCCACCCCCACGUGCAUCUCCUGCCCCAGAGUUCCCUCCACCUCCACAUGCAUCUCCUUCCCUAGAGAUCCCUCCACAUACUGCUCAUGCAGUUUCUGACCUAGAUAUCUCUCUACCCACUACUCCUGCAUCUUUUCACCCCGAGAUCCCUUCACACACCUCACAUACAUUUUUUGAUCCUGCUCAUCUUUCAUUUACUCCACCAUCCUUUGAUCUCGGCCCUGAUUUCAAUCAAACCCCUCCUGUCAUGCACACGCAAUCCCCAUCGUACAACAUUGGUCAUAUAGACCAUGUACCGCCCCAUAGUCACUCCAUGUCAUUCAUGCCCACUCCUAGACUGCAUAUAGAUCCCAUGAGUACGGGCACUCACAUUUCAUUUGCUACACCAUCCUCCCCCGCAGUUGUUGGGAGUCAAGCAAAACAACCAGCUGUGCAUGUUGAGAAUGAGCAGGUUGUUGGGUUACAGUCACCCCCACAAGGUCGACCUAAACGUACAAUGAAAGCACCUCCUUGUGGGACAGGUGGUCACAAAGCAGGACACAACGCUGGCCCCACGCAACGUGAGGAGCCUCACGAAGGAGAUGCAGUACCCCCUCCCCCACAUACCAGACACUAUACGAGACAGCAUAAGCGUAAAAUGCAUUAGGAUUAGCAUCCCAUAGAGAAACAAAGGAGGACACUCGAGAAUUGGAGUUUCUGACCCUAAGUGAUGAUCAGCACUUAGCUUAGAAAACACCUCACUCUUUCUAGGUUGGACCUGAAAAUGCUUCACAGGUUUGUCCAGCCCCGUACUGAAUGAAGGGGAGCUUGAGUCCUUGCUAAAUGAUCCCUCUUUGAAACCUCAAGUUUUGCCAACAUUUUUUGAUAUUCGUAAAGGAGUUGAUGGUUCCUUGGAAAAGACAC